UUUUGGAACAAUCGAUCGCCUUCAUGAGCUGUCCUCUUUCAUUCAGUCACACUGUUUUUAAGAGAAAAGAGUUCAGCUACUCACUGCUGGCAGAUUAAAAUGAAAUUUGUGAUCUUAUUGUCUCUUGUUGUCGUGUUGGCCACUUCUUUUGCUGCGGAGGAAUCAUGCGUGGGGCGUUGUAAAAAUGGAUUUGAUCCUUUGAAGAAAUGUCAGUGUGAUCAAAUGUGCAAGUACUAUGGAAGCUGUUGCACGGAUUUCGACAGCACCUGUCGCAAAAAGACUCGUGGCGACACAUUUGAGGAGCCUGAAGAGGAAUUGCCUACGGAAACAAACGCAACAGCAGAACCGGACUUGACAACCACCACCAUCCUCCCAUUGACAACUGCAAACCACAGCGCCACACCUCCAUCCGAUCCAGACGCCGUAGCCUGUAGUGGCCGCCCCUUCGACGCCUUCAUGCAGUUAAAGAAUGGCUCUAUCUUUGCUUUCAGGGGAGAAUAUUUCUUUGAGUUGGAUGAGAAAUCUGUAAUGCCGGGCUAUCCCAAACUCAUUCAAGAUGUGUGGGGCAUCCCAGGUCCCAUUGAUGCUGCGUUCACUCGCAUUAACUGCCAGGGAAAGACUUACUUAUUCAAGGGCAAUAAGUAUUGGCGUUUUGAUGGCGAUGUCAUGGAUAAAGAUUACCCGAGAGACAUAUCUCUGGGAUUCGAGUCCAUUCCGGGUGACAUCAAUGCUGCAUUUGCAAUCCCUGCCCCAGGGCAUCAUGGGAAGGAAAAAGUUUAUUUCUUCAAAGGGAAUCAGUAUUACCAGUAUGAGUUCAAACACCAGCCGUCCCAUGAAGAAUGUGUCCAAAUGACCAAGUCCUCACCCUCGGUGGUAUUCACGCAUUACACAAGUCUGUACUGUGACUUGGAUAACAUUAUGUCCUCGCUCUUUCAAAGCAUUCAAAGGUAUGACAAAGGACCACGGCUCAUCUCCAGAGACUGGGUCGGCAUCAAACCGCCUGUGGAUGCUGCAAUGGUAGGCAGACUGUACUUGAGUCCCGGGCCUUCACCGCCCUCAUCGACCAGUCCGAGCAGAGGCCGUAGCGGCCGGAGAAAGAAGGGCAGGGGUCGAGGAUCUCGAGUUAGUCGCUCGCUGUUUUGGGAAGACUUUGGCUUGGACUAUGAGGAAAGGUAUUUUGGAGCAGAAAAGCAUGGUAAACAUCAGAGAAAGGGUCGUGGAAGACGCCCAUCUCUCUUUGAAAUGAGCUAUGAUGACACAGAUGACUAUUCAGAUAUGGAUGUUACCAAAGAAAAAGCCACGCCAGUGCAGAAUGUUUAUUUCUUUCAGAAAGAUAAAUAUUACAGAGUGGACCUGCAGACCAAGCGGAUUGAUCGUGUGACCCCUCCUUACCCAAGAUCCAUUGCCACAUAUUGGCUAGGAUGUAAGGAGAAGGACCUGUCAGAGAAAAGAUGAGAAACUUAUUUAAGUUUCUAUAUUUGAGUUAGUUCAAUGAUAAAACUGAUAUUAUUCAUAUUUGUAUCAUAAUUCUGAAAGUCAAUAAACAGGCUGUACAAUUA